AUGGCGUUAAACACUCCCUCAAUCAAAUACAAGGCGCACGCUUACAAGAGCAACAGAACACCAAUUCAGAUUGUGGAUGAGACAAUUGACUUGGUGAGAAAACCCAAUGGUGAAUACGUUGCUCCACGCGGAAGAAUUCUCGUCAAGAUCAACUAUGCAUCAUUGAACCCAGUUGAUUACAAGGUUUACAAGAAGACACCGUGGAUCUCUUCCUUCUACAAUCUGAAAAAGGGGUUUGGUAAAGACUUUUCGGGACAAGUUGUGUCAAUCGGCGCCAAUACCGACACCAAUGUCAAAGUGGGUGACCUUGUUCAAGGAUUGAAUUGGCCAAUCUGGGGAGGUGGUUCAUGUGCUCAAUACUUGUUGGUGAAUCCAUUUUGGUCACCCAUCACUACUGUCCCAACAAACAUCGACUUGAUUGAAGCAGCAUCAUUCCCAUUGGUUUUGGGAACUGCCAUGCAAAUGACCCGCAAGAUGAAACUCAGAGAUAGCAAAGUGCUCGUCAUUGGUGCUGGUACUUCAGUUGGUAGGUACGUUGUGCAAUUGGCCAGAAUUGGAGGCGCUAAAGAGAUUGUCACUACCAAUUCAAACAAGACGAGUGAUUUGAUUAGGGAUUUGGGCGCAACUUCCCAAAUUGACUAUCACAAGUACCCAAAUUACUUGACUCCAGUAUUGGAGAGUGUCAAGUCCAGUGGACAAUUUGACUACAUUCUCGAUUGUUGGGGUACAGGGGACUUGUUCCCAGAAAUUGACCACGUAAUCAAAAAAGGUGGUAUUUACUACACUAUUGUGGGUGACGAUGCAAACUCGCCGAUUGGAGCUGUCAAGUCAAGCUUUAGAGUAGUGAAGUCGUUCUUGGGAUUGACAAAGUACAACUACCGUCUUGGAUUACUCAGUUCCAACUUUGAGAAUAAGGGAUGGAUUGAAUCUGCUAGAGAUUUACUCCAGGAUGGUAAAAUUCAAAUUUUUGUUGAUUCGGUUUAUCCAUUUGGUGAGUUGCGUGAAGCUAUCGAUAAGUUGGAGAGCGGAAGAGCUCAAGGUAAGAUUGUAUUGGAGGUUGAAAAGCCAAGUCAAGAGAAUCAGAAUCCGUUUGAAUAG